CGCACACCUCGGCCGUUCGUCACCGCAGCGCGCAGAGCCGAAGGCUGCACCGGGACGCACUGCGCGCACUACACCGCGGUCACUAACUGCACCGUCUGCGGGCCGUUUGUUUCGCGUGUGUCGCCACAACCCCUCCGAAGGCUGCGCUGCAUUUGGGGCAGAUGGUAUCGGGCCGGCCGGCGAGCUUCCUCCCAGCGAAACACUGCCUCGCCAAACUCCAGUUGUCCAAGUUGGAGGAGAGAUGAACUUGUGAGAGCCGCGGCCCGGGAGGAGGACACGGACGCGCUCGGUGCGUAAAUACGCGCGUUGUUGUUGUUGUUGUUGUUUUUUUUGGGGGGGGGGGGGCGUUGACGUGCGGACUUAACUUGGCUCGUCGUCGCCACUUUAUCCAGAGUUUUUUCGUAUCUCUCCCGUUUCCUGCAUGCGAGGAGAGGGGGGAGGAGAAGGAGGUGGACCCUCGCUCAGUCGCCGGUCUCGUGGCUUCUUUGUAUACAGAGGCAGCGGCGGCGGCGGCAGCAUCUGUGUGUAAGUGCAUGGGCACACCGCGUCUCCGGCUCCCUGCGCCACAGCUUCCACCGGGCUAGGUCCACACUGCACGUGGGCUCCAUCGGCGUGAGGAGAGGAGUAUCGCAACUUUACCCGCAGCUUGUGUCUGCUUUACCCCCUUUCAAAAAGAGAGAAGAAGCCGGGGUCAGCCUCGCCGCCUGUCCCUCUCCGUCUCCUUCCCUGCGCGCCUGGAUUGUAAACGGCAGAAACAAAUUGCGCACCGUGCAGUGGGCUACAGCUGCAGCUGCGCGCCCCCGACACACACACACUCACACCAUGGAUGUAAGAUUUUAUCCGACUGCUGGUGGGAAUUCUAUUCCAGGAGAUCCACCGAACCUGGAUUUUGCCCACUGUUUGGGCUACUACAACUUCAACAAGUUCCAGAAUAACAACAACUACAUGAACAUGGCGGAGGCGAACGGUGCCCUGCUGGCUGCUGGUGAUACUUUUCAUACGCCCAGCUUGGGUGACGAGGAGUUUGAGAUUCCUCCCAUUACGCCUCCACCAGAGACGGAGUCCGGUCUAGGUCUGUCGGACGUGGACUCACCUUUCUCAGCAAUGCCAGAGCCCCCGGGUCCACACAGGGGCCCAUUAAUCCCCCAGUUCCCCCCUCAGAGCCUGGAGCUGCCCUCCAUUACCAUCUCACGCAACAUGAUGGACCAGGAAGCCAUGUCUGUCAACAACGGGCAACCUGUGCACGUGGGCCCGGGCCACCUUCGCCAGUACCCACCCAACCCAGCCAUGGUGAUGAAGUCCAUCAUCAACAUGAACGGCUCCAACGGGAUGAUAUCACGGAAUCAGCUGACCACCAUCAACCAAUCCCAACUCAACACACAGCUGAGCCUCAACAUGGGCGGACCCAACAUUACCCAUACCUCGCCAUCUCCGCCGGCCAGCAAGUCGGCCACGCCGUCCCCCUCCAGCUCCAUUAACGAAGACGACCAGGAUGACGGCAACAGGGUCAUUGGUGAGAAGCGACCAGCGCCCAUAGAUCCCACAAAGAAACCCAAGACUCCCAAGAAGAAGAAGAAGAAGGAUCCCAAUGAGCCGCAGAAGCCAGUGUCAGCUUAUGCCCUGUUCUUCAGAGACACCCAGGCCGCCAUCAAGGGUCAGAAUCCCAACGCAACCUUCGGAGAAGUGUCCAAGAUUGUGGCCUCCAUGUGGGAUGGUCUGGGAGAGGAGCAGAAGCAGGUAUACAAAAGCAAAACGGAGGCUGCCAAAAAAGAAUACUUAAAAGCCCUUGCAGCAUAUCGUGCGAGCCUGGUUUCCAAGGCGGCAGCAGAAUCAGCUGAGGCCCAGACUAUCCGCUCAGUGCAGCAGACCCUGGCCUCCACCAGCCUGUCCCCGGGCCUGGUGCUGUCUUCACCACUCAACCAGCACCCUUCCAUGUCAUCAGCAUCCCAGGUCCUUCAACAAGGCAUUCCGCGGGCCAUAGCCCCGAAACCUCUGCAGAUGAGACUAGGAGGUAGUCAGAUUGUGACCUCGGUUACAGUUUCCCACCAAAACAUGUCUCCCGGGAUGCCACCGCAGCUGCUUGGCCAGAUGGGCGCCGGAGGUGGCAUGGUGGCUGGUGCCCAGUCCACAGCGGUGUCUCAGAUGAGUCCACCCAUGCAGCCGGUGCAGCAGCAUGCAAUGCAGCAUAUCCAGCAGCAGCAGCAACAACAGCAGCAGAUGCAGCAGCACCUCCAGCAUCAUCAGAUGCAGCAGCAGCAGAUGCAUCACCAGCAGAUCCAGCAACAGAUGCAGCAUCAGCAUUUCCAACACCACCUCCAGCAGCAGCUGCAGCAGCACCACAUGCAGCAGCAGCAACACCAGCAACAGCAACAACAGCAACAACAGCAACAACAGCAACAACAGCAACAGCAACAGCAGCAGCAGCAGCAGCAGCAGAUGCAGAUGCAGCACAUGCAGUUGCAGCAUCAGCUGCAUCAGCAGCAGAUUCAACAUCUCCAGCAGCAGCAGCAACAACAACAACAACAGCAACAACAGCAACAGCACCAGUCCCAGUGUUCCCCACCUCAGCAUUCCCCCGGCACCCCCCAUUCAGUGGCCGGCUCUGCAUCGCUCGGCAGCCCCCAGCCAGCCCCGCAGCAGCAGCCGCACCCCUCCCAAAUCCAGGCCCACGCUCAGGUCCUGUCCCAGGUCAGCAUUUACUGAGCCAAAUGGAAAUCCUAUCUCAAAGAACAGGAAUAAAAUAAAAGCAUCAUUCCACGUUGCUUUUCUAAGUUGCACUUAAGAAGUGUGUAAGAUUUAGAAUGUUAUACAAAGAACUUGUCCAUUGUUAUAGACGGAUAUGCACACGCGUGUACAGCAGUUUAACAUGUUUAGCUGGGGUUUUGUCUAUAAAAUAGGCUGAGCUGUGAUGAUGAAGCCGGUUGGGGCGAGUGCCCAGUGAUUGUUUAUUUGUUUGUUUGUGAGGUCUUUCGGUUGUCAAUUUAAAACUGACUGGGCACACAGUAUGUUGGAAGACGGGCGUCUUCCGCUGUUUUAUUUAACAAUAAAGCUUUAUUUAUGAGGCCAGAGUUGUCAGCUCACCGCAGCAAAAGGACAUUUUGCAUGCGUUUUGAACAAAAGGAUUUUUAUCAGCUGUUGCCUGGACUGAAUGACUCACCGGAUCCUUGGUGGACACCAGUAACCCACGCGUCAAGUCUUUGUUCCCACACUGGCCAGUAUAUAAUGACACUUUCUUCACUCCAACCCUCCCUUCUCUUUUCACAAAUCAAUUCUUGCAGAUGUAACGAUGGCAUGGAGGAAAUCAUCAAAUGAAAUUGUCACACGUCGAAAAGCCCCGUGAUGUUUGAACAUACAUUUACACCGUAUCACAAAUGCAGACAGUGUCAUGAAGAACAAGGUCUCGGGACGCAGAUGUCUGGACGAAUGACUGAACAGACUGAGACGGAGACGGAGACUGCCAUAAAUCAUUUAUGUAAUCACAUCAUCAAACUGUAGCUGUAAUCUGCUGUACAUGUUUUUGUAGAGUGGGGCGAGAUGAGACAUCCUUUACCUGGUAAUCUACCCUCCAGGUGAAUGGCCCAAAAACCAUAAAACUGGCAACCUCCAUUAAAAAAAAAAUUCUUCUUUAAUCUAUUUGUUUUCACUUCAGAUGUUUAACAAUUAAAUUAUGUUUUUAUUCUGUGUAACAAAGGGGAUAUUUUAUGGUAAAUACAAAUUUCUGGAUCAAGAACGAUGGUCUGGGGAUUGAUGUAUUUUUACUCUGCUCCUUGAUACUUUCAUUGUUUAACAAAAAAAAUAGGAAAAAAGAGAACUCGCAGAGCCAGUUUGUUGCACUGCCAAAGCCAACUGAAAAGGCACCGGAGGUAUUUUUGCCAGCUGUAUAGAAGUCCCUGGAAAAAAAAGAAAAUGUUGUACAUUUUUCAUAUCACCUGUUGUAAAGUUUUAAUAUGUGAGGCUUUAAUUAAAACAUUGUUAAAUGACCUGUGGAUUGCUAUAUCACAUAGUGCAUUUCUGCUCUUUUAUACUUUUUUAUGAGUUACAAUAGCAGCGAUUCAUUUUGUUUGUAUUUUGCUUACAAACCAACUGCUUCUUGAGACUGUCCAUAGAAUAAAUGCUUAUCGGUAUGGAGUUCUAGAAAAGAUGUUUUCAGCCGACGUCAGGAAAACGUAAUUUAAUGUUUGGGUUUUUGCUGGGCCAUGAAUUCGAAUCCAGAGACGUUCCAUCUCUAAUAUGAUAGUAGCCAUAAUUUUGUAUGAAGUAUUAUAUAUUUCUUUGUGUCGCUGUUCAAAAUUAAACUAUCAAUCACAAAAUA